GACGCACAUGGCAUCGGGACCGCAGUCGAGAGUAACGUUUCGUACGUACGAGGCGGUUUUCGUUCAGCAGUACCGUGCGCGACAUUCGGAAUGCGCGUUGGUCGUCUGCGCGACCCGUUGACUCGCGAAACGUAGGGCAGAAGCUACACAUCUUUCACCAGCAGUGGGAUAGGCAAACAAACAAAAUCGCGUGAAAAUUUCGUCCAAUUUUCAAUUCCGGGCUGGGAAAACUUAGCCGUGUGAAAGCCCAGUGCAGCACGAAACUGGGCGAGCUAGUUCUUAAACCAUACGCCCCGUGUCAGACCGUGUCGCGUGUGAAGCGCAGUGAUAGUUUGUGUGUGACCCAUUGCACGAAUUUUCUUUUACCUGGUGGUGGAAAAUUUGUUCUAGGAUCGUCUGCAAAAGUCCAGCACACAAUGUGGGCACGUACGCUGCGAAUCAUACAGUCGUGGCGGUGACGGCGGAACUUUGUCCAUUAAAACUCGUCUACCUUCGCCAAUCCCGGUCUCUGUCUGUGCCGGAUUUUCUUUGUGUGUUUGUCUGUGUAUGUAUGUGUGCGUUAAUAUUGAGGAAAAUUCCCUCAGGAUAAGGCAAACAGUACCUCGAAAUGUUCUGCAGGAAAAACGCAGGUUUGAAAAAAUUCCACGACGUUCUGGCGAGGGGCCGCACCGUUUGGCUUUCUUUUUGUCCCACAUCCGUUUAGUGCAUCAAACGUGUUCUUCCACAAUUUGCUUUCGUCGCGGCUUUGAUGUCUUCCAUUUUGGAAGACAAUUUCCUCUCACCAUCUUCUCGGUGAAAGAAAAUACAUUUCAAUUUUAUGCGUACAUCGGGCAAGGCUCAGCAAUUUAUGGUUCUACCGUUUCUUUUUGUGCCCGCCCGCGUGACGGUGUUUUAGUGAAAGUGGUUUUUAAUGCGUGAUAAAAGUGCAAAAAGUCAAUUUACAUCGUAAGUGAGUUUUUCAAAGUCCAAGCCGGAAAGCAGCAUUUUGCCCAACAACUUCAAGUGGGGCUUCCAAGUGGAGUAGGCUUUUAUGCACCCGUUACAACCAAUGCCCAACGGCGGGGCGCGUUAACGUCCGAAGGUCAGCAACAGCAGGAAGACAAAGUUGCUCCCAGUAAUGAUAGUGAUAAGCUAAUUGUGCUAGUGUUCGAGUGCGCUUGAAGAAAGAAAACUAAACACACACUCGUUCACACCCCCACAUACACGCAGUCUCAGCUGAGAAGCCAAAAUCAGCGCAAGUGUCCUUGCAAGGCAUCCUUCAAUUAUAAUCAAGUCAAAUGGAUACAAAUCGCUAGCAUCUAACAGCUCGCUAGCUCGUGCUACGAAUUACUGACCUCAUGCCCCACCGUCUUCCGCUCCCGGGCCUUCUGGGCGCAGUUCAUCGAUUUUUGUGUGCUGCUGCUCGGCUGCACGGCGGCUCCCAACUGGUACAAAUCCCAUCAACAGCGUAUAUAUGUGUGUGUCCGUGUGUGGAUAAAUGUUUGUUCACUGUGGUCCAAGCAGUGCCCGCUACGCCUCGCCGGUUCCGUUAAGGCAUCUGUUAGCGGCUGGUAAAAGCUGGACCGAGCUUUAUAAACUUGCAUAAAAAUUCCACUUCAGAUUGAACCUACCGAAAAGGUAGCGGUUGGAAGUGUACCGGUCAAGCACCGUUACGAUUGAACGAUUUGAUUGCCGGGCUCCAAUUGCUGGAGCGAGUGGAGUUUUGCAGAUUUUAAACCACCGCAAAGUAAUACAAGUUUAACAAAACAUGAAGGACACCGCCAACCGGCGCUAUCGUUCGCAACGACCCUGGAUGAUGGAUCACGGCGUAGUGGACGAGGAAGCUCCGAUAGAUCCGAGGCUCAAAAAUCGGACAUUUACCGCCGAUCAGGACUUUGAAGGUCACCGAGCGCACACCGUUUUCGUUGGCGUCCACAUUCCGGGCUCAUCCCGGCGGCAUUCCCAGCGGCGUCGGCAUAAGCACCACCAGGCGAGCCGGGAAAAUGGCGACAAGGGUAGCACGGGAUCGGAAGCGGAACGGCCUGUUACACCACCCGCACAAAGAGUACAGUUCAUCCUGGGCGGUGAGGUCGGCGGCGAAGGCGAUGGCACGCAGCACGAGUCCCAUCCGCUCUUCUCCGAGAUGGAGGAGCUGGUCAAGGAGGGUGACGAGAUGGCCUGGAAGGAAACGGCACGCUGGGUAAAGUUCGAGGAGGACGUCGAGGAGGGCGGCAACCGGUGGUCCAAGCCGCACGUGGCCACGCUCUCGCUUCACUCGCUGUUCGAGCUGCGCAGCCUGUUGCUCAACGGCACCGUCAUGCUGGACAUGGAAGCGGUCAGCCUGGAGCAGAUCGCCGAGCUGGUGUGCGAAAACAUGGUCAACUCGGGCACGCUGCCGGUGGAGGCCCGGGACAAGGUGAUCGAUGCGCUGCUGAAGCGCCACAAGCAUCAGCACGAGUUCGGCAGCAAGAAGAGCCGGCUGCCGCUGAUCCGCUCCCUGGCCGACAUUGGAAAGAAUCAUUCGUCUUCAAAGAAUAUGCCACGCUCAUCCACCAGCAAAAGCAUCUCGUCGGCCAACUCAUUCCCAAUGCACGUCGUUUCGUCGGCACCGUCGGGCAUGCACGAGGAAGGCGAAUCCGCCCUGGGUCCGGUCUCGCCCCAAACCGCCCUGCUGUACGGUAGCAAAGAUCAGCGCGGUCACUAUCUAGCACUGCCCACAGGAGAAAAUAUGACGCAAAGUCCGAGCAACGUGUCGAUGCCGCGCAACGCCAGCUCGGGCGAGCUGCAGAACGGCGAGCAUAAAACGAACACACACUUCAUGCGCAAAAUUCCGCCCGGCGCCGAGGCGAGCAACAUUCUCGUGGGCGAGGUUGACUUUCUCGACAAGACGCUGUCGGCGUUCCUGCGGCUCAACACCGCCUCGGUGAUGGGCGACCUGACCGAGGUGCCAGUACCGACCAGAUUUAUCUUCAUCCUGCUCGGACCGCCCGGCAGCCAUGGCAGCUUUCACGAAAUUGGCCGCGCCAUGGCGACCCUCAUGUCGGACGAGAUAUUCCACGAAGUUGCCUACCGUGCGAAGAGGCGCGAGCAUCUGCUCGCCGGCAUUGACGAGUUUCUCGACGCGGUCACGGUGCUGCCGCCGGGCGAGUGGGAUCCUUCGAUUCGAAUAGAGCCGCCGGCCGCCAUACCCUCGCAGGAGGUACGCAAACGGCCGCCCGAGAAAAACCCCAAGGAAGAGAUCGACGAAGAGCUGGAGGAGCAGCGGCAGCGCGAGGAGGCGGGCCUGUCCCGCACGGGCCGCCUUUUCGGUGGGCUGAUCAACGAUCUGAAGCGGAAGACGCCGUUCUAUCUGUCCGACUUCAAGGACGGCCUGUCGAUGCAGUGCGUCGCGUCGUGGAUCUUCCUGUACUUUGCCUGCCUGUCGCCGAUCAUCACGUUCGGCGGGUUGCUGGGGACGGCCACCGGCAACAAUAUUGCCGCGAUGGAAUCGCUCGUGUCGGGCUUCGUGUGCGGCAUCGGGUACGGGUUCUUCUCCGGCCAGCCGCUCACGAUACUCGGCUCGACCGGUCCGGUGCUGGUGUUCGAGACGAUCGUGUACGAGUUUUGCCAGAAGGUGGGCUGGGACUAUCUGACGUUCCGGUUCUGGAUCGGUACCUGGAUCUCGAUCAUUCUCGUCGUGCUGGUGGCGGUCGACGCGAGCGCGCUGGUUUGCUACAUCACGCGCUUCACGGAGGAAAACUUUGCCUGCUUGAUCGCGGUCAUCUUCAUCUACAAGGCGAUCGAGAACGUGUUUCACAUCGGGCAGGAGUAUCCGCUGAACACGGCGGGCGGGAAGUAUGAUUGUGCGUGCCUGCCACCGGCAACGCAUGAGCUAACGCCGGAAGCCGUCCAUCAGUGGGCACAGUACGAUCUGCGAACGUGUAAGACCCUCAACGGAACGCUAACCGGUGCCGACUGUGACAAACCCGAGUACGUGUCGGACGUCUUCCUUAUGUCGAUCGUGCUGUUCCUCGGCACGUACAUCAUCUCGGUCAUCCUGAAGGACUUUAAGAAUGCGCUGUUCUUCCCGGCAGUUGUGCGCCAGUUCAUUAGCGACUUUUCCGUCACGAUCGCGAUCUUCUCGAUGACGCUGCUGGACGUCUUUACGCGCAUCGCCACACCGAAGCUGGACGUGCCGAGCGAGUUCAAGCGCACGAUCCCGGACCGCGGCUGGAUCAUCAUGCCAUUCCACGAGAGCAAUCCGGCCUGGUCGUCGGCCCUCGCGAUCCUGCCCGCCCUGCUCGGCACGAUACUGAUAUUCAUGGAUCAACAAAUAACGGCUGUGAUAAUCAAUAGGAAGGAGCACAAACUCACCAAAGGUUGUGGCUACCAUCUCGAUCUGUUCGUGCUGGCUUGUCUGAUACAGAUCUGCACCAUGAUGGGUCUGCCCUGGUUUGUUGCUGCCACCGUGCUCAGUAUUAAUCAUGUCAAUUCCCUCAAGAAAGAGUCCGAGACGGCGGCACCGGGCGAGAAGCCGCAGUUUAUCGGCGUACGGGAGCAGCGCGUCACCCACAUACUGAUCUUCCUCAUGAUCGGGUGCUCGGUGCUGCUGACCCCGUUGCUGUCCCACAUUCCCAUGCCGGUGCUGUACGGUGUGUUUCUGUACAUGGGCGUGUCGGCCCUCAAGGGGCUACAGUUCUUCGAUCGGCUGCUGAUCAUGCUGAUGCCUGCCAAGUACCAGCCGGACUACAUGUUCUUGCGACAGGUCCCCAUUCGGCGGGUGCAUCUGUUCACCAUGAUACAGCUGGCCUGCUUUGCCGUGCUGUGGCUGAUCAAAUCGUUCUCGAUCACCUCGAUCCUCUUCCCGCUGAUGCUGGUGGUGAUGAUUGGCGUGCGCAAGUCGCUCGACUACAUCUUUACCAAGCGCGAGCUCAAGAUCCUGGACGACAUCAUGCCCGAGAUGACGAAGCGGGCCCGGGCGGACGAUCUGCACCAGCUCGAGGACGGCGAGGACUCUGGACAGCAUUCGGCGGACAAUCUGCAGCUACCGCUGGAAAAUGGCACCGUGAACGAGAAAGGCAAGAUCAACAUAUCGGAAGAGGUCAACCGGACGACCAUCUGGAAGCAGGUCAACAACUGCAAUGUGCUCUUCACCAAGAAACAAACCCCCGUGAAACAUUCGCAACAGCAAUUAUCUAAAUUGAGUGAAACUGAAAAAAGACUGUCCACCAUGCGGGAGGAAGAUGAGGUGGCGGAUGAACCGAGUCGUCAAUUAAGUCACCAGAAGAGGACACAGAAAAUGAAGCGCGAGUUUUGGAUGAACUCCCGGUCGGGUAGCAGCAAUGGUCGUGCCAAUAGCAAUAAUAGCGCCAGCAGUACCACCGCCGCCGCCGGAGGGAAGAUCGUUUGCGCCGAGGAGUCUGCUGCGCUAAGCCGCGGAAGUAGCAAGAGUGCUUCCGAGACGCAGGUAUAAAAUGGGAUGUUUUAAAUGCCACGUUGUAGGAUAUUGUUGGGGUUUUUUUGUAGUAUCAAAUGGAGAGAGAGAGAGAGCGAGAGAAAGUAAGAGAAAGAGAGAAAAAGCACCAUGGAUCCUUUUACAGAUCGAUUAGGCAAAUUUGUACGAGAUUACAGGAAAGGAAGUUGAGAAGUGUGCUUUAGGCGGCAUGCAGGCGAGAUCUUCGGUACAUACCGCAGGAGUUCCAGAGUUUCGGGCGAAUAAUAGCCGACUAGACAAUUUAUCUACCCUCCUAAACAUGUAUUCUUUGCAGGAUACACUUUUUAAAUACACAAAUUUACAACCCAAAAGACUAUAGCAAAAGGACGAAAAUAAGAAAGCAAAAAAGAUAGGUUGAGGCAGAGAGAAAAAGUGGGUGUGCGAAUCGAACAGGAAGAGUCAAUCAACCCCAUCAGCAUUUGUGAGUGUGAGGUUUAGCAUUUUUUCUAGAACGUAAGGAACAUUCUAUAAUACAAGAAAAAGAAACCCGGCUUUUCCGACCCACCCCUACUUUCUGUCUAGGACAAUUUGCAAAACCAUGUAAAACUAAAAUUCCAAUGGAUAAAUCAAUAUCACACUGGUAAUAAAAAUCACACAUUUAUAAUAAGGUUAAUAA